AUGUUCGAGACGGGCACCGCAACGCAACAUGAAGCCUUCGAGAGAAGAGAGAUUGACGAGUAUACAGAGGUCCCUAAGUCCACCAACCCCUACGUCAGGCUGUUGGUGCGCCUGUACAAGUUCCUGGCUCGCCGUACCGAUGCCAACUUCAACAAGACCGUUCUGCGACGCCUCAUGAUGUCGAAGACCAACCGUCCCCCGGUCUCCGUCUCCAAGAUCGUCGCCAACGCUGCCAACAAGCACUCCGCCAAGGAGCACGAGGGCAAGACCGUCGUUGUCGUCGGUACCGUCACUGACGACAACCGCAUGCUCGAGGUCCCCAAGCUCUCCGUUGCGGCUCUCCGCUUCACCGCCUCUGCCCGCGCCCGCAUCGAGAAGGCCGGUGGUGAGUGCCUCACCAUCGACGAGGUCGCCACCCGUUUCCCCACUGGAUCCAACACUCUCCUUCUCCGUGGACCCAAGAACGCCCGUGAGGCCUUCAAGCACUUCGGCUUCGGUCCCCACUCCCACAAGAAGCCUUACGUCGAGAGCAAGGGUCGCAAGUUCGAGCGUGCCCGUGGACGCAGAAGGUCGCGUGGUUUCAAGGUUUAA